CCAGGAUGUUGCCAUUCUUGCUCCCGGAAACAGGAACCGGAAGCAGUUGCGGUCACCUGUCGGGACGGGGCGGACGUGGGCUACAGAGACCGCCGUCCGCGCACUAGAAGGGCUCUCGGACCAUAGAGCUGCCCCCUGGCAUUUCCGGUCUGGUGACGGCGUCACAUCCGGGCGGUUCUGAGAUGCCGGUUAAAUUGAAUAUCUGCCAAGCACAAUUUCUUGCAGGAAGAUCACCACACUGCUUGAAGGCUAGCUAAUAUGAGAAUAACCCCAAGGGACUGUUCACUCUGAAUUUUAAACUCUGUGCCUUGUCCAGGACAGCUGCAGGAAUCGGAAACUUGAAUCAAUGUUAUCAGAUGAGUUAGAGUCCAAACCAGAGCUGCUGGUUCAGUUUGUUCAGAACACAUCUAUUCCACUGGGUCAAGGGCUGGUGGAAUCAGAACCUAAAGACAUCACCUGUCUCUCCCUUCUUCCUGUCACUGAGACAUCAGAAUGCAACAGACUGAUGUUGCCAGAUGAUUCUCCAAGUCAUGAUAACUCCUCCAAAGAUGUUCCCUCAUCUGCUGUCUUGAGAAGUCUCCAGGUAAAUGUGGGCCCUGAUGGAGAGGAGACAAGGGCACAGAAUGUACAGAAACCCUCUGAGCUCCUGUCAAGUCCAGAGACUUCCAGCUUAUUACAGGACCUUCAGCCCAGUGACAGCACUUCUUUUAUUCUCCUCAACCUAACAAGAGCAGGCCUGGGCUCUCCAGCAGAGCACCUUGUGUUUGUGCAGGAUGAAGCAGAAGAUUCUGGAAAUGAUUUUCUCUCCCAUGACAGCACAGACAGCAGUACUCCAUGGUUUCUACGAGUACAGGAGCUAGCCCAUGACAGUUUGAUUGCAGCCACUAGGGCACAGCUCGCAAAGAACGCCAAAGCAAGCAAUAAUGGUGAAAACAUUCAUCUUUGCUCAGGAGAUGGGCAACCGAAAGACUCAAGCCCUAUCCCUCAUCUGUCCUGUGUGGAAAAGAAGCUGAAGUGCACAGUUGAGGGAUGUGACCGGACAUUUGUAUGGCCAGCUCACUUCAAAUAUCAUCUAAAAACCCACAGGAAUGAUCGGUCCUUCACCUGCCCAGCAGAAGGCUGUGGUAAAAGCUUCUAUGUUCUGCAGAGGCUGAAAGUGCAUAUGCGAACUCACAAUGGCGAGAAACCAUUUGUUUGCACUGAGCUGGGCUGUGGGAAGCAGUUUACGACAGCUGGGAACCUGAAAAACCACGUACGGAUUCACACUGGUGAAAAGCCAUUCCUCUGCGAGGCACAGGGAUGUGGUCGUUCCUUUGCUGAAUACUCCAGCCUUCGGAAACACCUGGUGGUCCACUCAGGAGUGAAGCCCCAUCAGUGCCAAAUCUGUGGGAAGACAUUUUCCCAGAGUGGUAGCCGGAAUGUGCACAUGAGGAAACACCACUCCAGAAUUGGAGCAGCUGGGAACAGGGAGCGAGAACAACCAGGACAUGACGUCCAUUUCCGUGAUAAGAAAAUUGUGCUACUGGAAGCGGGUCCUAGGAAAGUGUUUGAUCAUUUGCCUGAGAGUUACAGUAACAGGGUCAGUUCCAUCUCCCCUGGCUCAGUGACCCUUCUCAGUAGUUUUGGUGCCUGGGAGCAUGUCUGCAGUCUGAGACUCAAAUCCUUCCGGCGAAUGCAGGUGUGGGAUGCCUGUUCAGAAGCCAUGAUCAUCUUUGAUAAGGACAACUUAGAAGACAUGGGCUAUAUAGUGGAAAAUGAUGUCAUUAUGUCUGCUCUGACCAAGCAGUUAGAAGCAGUAUCAGACCGGGUGGAGGUCUUCUACAGGAGCAGAGCAGUCGGGUAUUCCUGGGCCCUUCCCUAUCACACCUCUGACACAAGUCCUUGGGUGCAAAUUGAUUUAGCUGAUGGACGCAGACUCCAGACCAAACUGCUGAUUGGAGCAGAUGGUCACAAUUCCAUGGUCCGGAAAGCAGCUGGAAUUCCAGAUGUCUGCUUUCAGUAUGACCAGUCAGCUGUGGUUGCUACUCUUCACUUGUCUGAGGCCACAGACAACAACGUAGCAUGGCAAAGAUUCCUUCCAUCAGGGCCAAUUGCUCUUCUCCCACUGUCUGACACUGCCAGCUCUUUGGUUUGGUCCACAUCUCAUGAACAUGCAUCUCAGCUUCUCAGUAUGGAUGAAGAAAGCUUUGUGGAUAGCAUCAACUCUGCCUUUUGGAGCAACAUAAACCACUCGGACUUCAUUGAUACUGCUGGUGCUGUGUUCCGGUCUGCCCUUUCUCUCCUGAUGCCAUCGGGGUCUGCAAUCCGUCAGCUGCCACCAAGUGUUGCCAAAGUGGAUCCAAAGAGCCGAGCUAUGUUCCCUCUUGGUUUGGGACAUGCAAUGGAGUAUGUCCAUCACCGUGUGGCACUUAUUGGGGAUGCAGCACAUAGAGUCCAUCCACUAGCAGGACAGGGUGUAAAUAUGGGCUUUGGAGAUAUUGCAUGCUUGACACAUCACCUCAGCAUGGCAGCCUUUGAUGGGAAAGAUCUGGGUUCCAUGAAACACCUCCUCCAGUUUGAGACAGAACGGCAGAGGCACAAUGUUUCAUUGAUGACUGCUAUCGACCUGCUGAAGAGACUCUACUCCACAAGUGUCGCGCCCUUUGUACUGCUGAGGACGUGGGGAUUGCAAACAACAAAUGCCCUGUCUCCAGUCAAAGAGCAGAUCAUGGCCUUUGCCAGUAAAUGAUGUGCUUGUCAGUCUGGAUCUGCAGCUCACCAGUGACUGUUCUAAACCCAAGAACUUUAUCCCCUGAGGUCUGGUGUUUGGUUUAGAAGCAAAUAAAAAUAUCAUAUUUGAAGAGUAACAAUAAAAACUAAGAGCGAGAUCCUUCCUACCCAUAUGUGCUUGUUCUGCACAAGCUCCGUUUUGUCUACUGCUUGGAGGAUGGGUUUGCAAAUUCUCUUUGCCAUGUGCUUUCACACAGAACUG